AUGGCGCGCCGAGACGCGGGCAGGAGGGGCGCCGGUGGGGAUGAGGGGGGGAACCGACUGCCAUCUAUUCUGAGGGACCAAGAUGACGACGACACUGGCCUCUUCACCCGCAGGGGGCAGCGCCGACGACGCACCGACUCUGCUGAUGCCGCCGUGGGGGGGAGCUUUGCUACGGAGGGCACAGGGGAAGGGGAGGAGGACGAGGCGGAGGAGGAGGAUGAUAUCAAUGACGACUCGCUUUACAACAUGCAGGUGAUUAAGAGUCAGGAUUCAGGUGAUUGGUGGUGCAGUCAAGUGCUAGGUGGGACGGAGGAGGAGGAUGAUAUCAAUGAUGACUCGCUUUACAACAUGCAGGUGAUUAAGAGUCAGGAUUCAGGUGAUUGGUGGUGCAGUCAAGUGCUAGGUGGGACGGAGGAGGAGGAUGAUAUCAAUGAUGACUCGCUCUACAACAUGCAGGACAGCCUGCGGGAGUGGGUAUCACGGGACGAGGUGCGGCGCUUCAUGGCGCGCAAGUUCCGCCACUUCCUGCAGACGUACAAGGACAGCAGAGGGCGGCACCGCGGGGACAGCGAUGCCGACUAUGCCAUCCGCAUCCGCGAGCUGGUGGAGAUGAAUAGCUGUUCAUUGGAGCUGGACUACUCGCACCUCCUCACCACCCACCCCAUCCUCGCUGUGUGGCUCGCUGAUGCACCCAAGCAGGUGCUGGAAGUACUGGACGAGGUGGCACAGGCGGAGGUGUUCCGCGCCUUCCCCAUGUACGAGCAGGUGCACGAACGCAUCUACGUGCGGGUUGCAGGACUUCCUGUCAUCGACCAGAUCCGCGACAUCAGGCAGACGCAUCUCAACUGUCUCAUCCGCGUGGGGGGUGUUGUCACGCGGAGGACUGGAGUGUUCCCCCAGCUGCAGCAGGUGAAGUACAACUGCAUUAAGUGUGGUGCCAUCCUGGGCCCCUUCUUCCAGACGUCCUCCUCGGAGAUCCGCAUCCGCACGUGCGCUGAGUGCCAGUCCAAGGGGCCCUUCCAGGUCAACGUGGAGCAGACCAUCUACCGCAACUACCAGAAGAUGACCCUGCAGGAGAGCCCUGGGAGUGUGCCGGCGGGGCGGCUGCCGCGCUACAAGGAGGUGGUGCUGCUGAAUGACUUGAUUGACUGCGCCCGGCCGGCGAAGAGAUUAGGCCAACCACAUCAGCACUCGCCCCUCUCUUCCUCCCCCCUUGCUCUCUUCAACCGUCAACAGGAAGUGACUGGCAUCUAUGUGAACAACUUUGACGCAGCACUGAACACGCGGCAGGGCUUCCCGGUGUUCUCCACGGUGAUAGAGGCCAACCACAUCAGCAAGCGGCAGGACGCCUUUGCUGCGUACCGGCUCACGGAUGAAGACAAGGAGGAGAUCAUGCGGCUGUCCCGGGACCCACGCAUUGCUGAGAGGAUCAUCAAGUCCAUCGCCCCCUCCAUCUAUGGGCACGACAACGUGAAGGUCUCACUGGCGCUGGCCAUGUUCGGCGGGCAGGAGAAGAAUGCAGGGGGCAAGCACCGCCUUAGAGGGGACAUCAACGUGCUGCUGCUGGGAGACCCUGGCACGGCCAAGUCACAGUUCCUCAAGUACUUGGAGAAAACAGCUCACCGAGCCGUGUAUACAACGGGCAAGGGAGCAUCAGCGGUGGGCCUCACAGCAGCCGUGCACAAGGACCCCAUCACGCGCGAGUGGACUCUCGAGGGGGGAGCUCUGGUGCUGGCUGAUCGUGGCACGUGUCUGAUUGACGAGUUUGACAAGAUGAGCGAACAGGACAGGGUGUCCAUUCACGAGGCGAUGGAGCAGCAGAGCAUCAGCAUCAGCAAGGCGGGCAUUGUCACAUCCCUCGCUGCCAGAUGCUCCGUCAUUGCUGCUGCCAACCCCAUCGGGGGCCGGUAA